GCACCAGGGGACCAUAGCUUUUAGUGGACAGAUGUGACAGGAUUACUCUGGAGAUUGGUUUGGUGACACAUUGUCUGUCCAUUUCUCUGCUCUCUUUUGAUUUUUUUUUCUGCUUGAAUGUUAAACUGACGACUGUGGUAUAUGUAUCUUUUCUACGAGGCUUGCAUUUUAUAUUCAUGAAAAAGCGGAUAUUGGAUAUGAAGAUAUACCACAGCUAAGUGGUCUAGUCCAGAAUGGUGAUCAAAUGAGGUGGUGUAUUCUCCAGCCAAAGAGAAGAAGCUUUCCAGGAGCUGGUGAGCUGACUCAGCGUUAGGAGCAGUAGCAACACCGAGAAUGGGCUGCAAAUCAAUCUGAUCCAAACAAGAGCUUUGAAAACGGGCUACUGUAUAGCCAAGAAACGGAAAUAAUGUCAUGCUUUUGGGUCAUAUUGUGGGGCUAAUUCAAUUCAGGAAAAUAUAGCCCGCAGAAAUACGUGGGGAUGUGUAAUCUGCUUGGGUGUAGCAGGGUCAAGGAGCGACAACAGGAUCCACAAGAGGAUUAUUUUUUUAGAUUAUAAUGAAAGGUCCUUUCAUUUACUUUCUAUCUGUCCUUUCUACUGAGAUGUUACAAUUUUAGGUUUGACACACCUUUGCAGCUGGAUAUUGGACAAAGGAUUAAAUCCACCAUUGCGACACUGCCAAAUGUCUAUGUCUGUGAGGGUGUGUAUGGUGUGCGGUGCAUAUAUAUAAAUGCUGUGAGUAAAUGUCUGUUGCUGGUUUACGGAUUUCAGCUGAUGGACAGCACUGCAUCACCAUCAUUUUAGUAUUUGAUGUUAGCAUCCAUAAUUCCAACUAGCAAAUGAGAUUAACCCAUGCUGCACCGCUGGAAAGAUGAGUGAGAGUUCUGGUGUGGGUGUUACCUCCGGGGCCAUGAUUCUGGAGGAACCAGAAGAAAACCGGAGACCUGGGAGCAACCAGCAGGCUCCUGCCCGGGGACAGAGACACCUGCGCUGUGGUCCCUGUGCCCUGUGGCCCCGGCAGCAGACAUGGCUGUGUGUAGUACCCCUCUUCAUCGGAUUCAUUGGCCUUGGACUGAGCUUGAUGCUUCUCAAGUGGAUUGUGGUGGGCUCAGUGCGAGAUUAUGUGCCCACAGAUCUGGUUAAUGCCAAGGGCAUUGGGCAGGAUCCUAUUUUCCUGUCAAAGCCCAGUACCUUCCCAAAGAGCUUCGAUACUACUACCACCACUGCUGUCACACAUUUAGUCAGCUCGACGAUGUCGUAUAGCACUACAGCUACUGUGGUGCGAAGCAGAACAAGGCCUGGUGUUCACCCAGUAGUGUCCACCACGAGCAGGGGUACUAUGCCAGGCAAACAGGCUACACAAGGGAGCACCACCAUGCGUCAUGGGCCUAACACCCCCAUAUUCACUACCACCAGUGCAGUCAGCCCCAACUCCAAUGAGGGCAUCUCAACUUCCAGUACGAAAAGCUCCAACCCAACAGUGCUCCAUGACUCCACACAGCUGUGGACACAUAAUCAAAACACCAAGUUGCUGGCCAUCACGUCCACACCAACACACAACAGAGGGACAACACCAUCACCCACUCUGCCGCCUCUGCGCUCAGAGCACUUCAAACAGUGCCAUGAAAAAGACCUGACGUACUGCCUGAAUGAUGGGGAGUGUUUUGUCAUUGAGACACUGAGUGGAUCACAUAAACACUGCAGAUGUAAAGAAGGAUUCCAAGGUAUACGCUGUGACCAGUUUCUCCCAAAAACAGACUCAAUUUUGUCAGAUCCAACUGAACAUUUGGGCAUUGAGUUCAUGGAGAGUAAAGCAGUUUACAAGAGACAAGUACUUUCUAUCACCUGCAUCACCACAGGGAUCAGCCUUCUAGGCACAGUGUGCAUGGCUCUCUACUGCCGCAACAAACGACGCAGGGAAAAGCUCCAAGUCCAUUUGAAGGAAGGCCACAGCCUGAAGAACUACUUGGUAAAUGACCCCAGCCACAAACUCUGCUUGAGACCUCAUGGAAGUUUGCAGCCACAAAAUUAUUGUAGAAACAAUACUCACAGCCAAGCACAUGUUGGAGAGAAGAGUCAAUCCAGUUCUACAGAGGCCACAAGAGUUCCCGCCAUCCAAUCCAAAGACCCUGCAGGAAAACAUAAUUGCGGGGACUCUCUUUCUUUCAGCUCCGAAAAGAAUACUGUCGCUGUCAGUGGUAAGACUCCACCCCUGUCCAGAGGAAUGCUGAAUCCCACUGAGGAAGAGAGACUUUCUGGAACCACCUACCAAUAUCUCCAUGAUCCUGAGUUCUCUAACAGGGAAGUUGAAUCAGUGAUGGGGCAUAUAGGAAGACAGAGAAGUUACCAAAGACAGAAUUCUCUUCUCAAUGUAAAGUCAGGUGCUGGAAAUAAGACAGAGACACAGUCAUGCCAGCUGAACCGAAGCACCUGCAUGGUCAAGGACUCAUCACCUACCAUUCUAUCCUCACAUCUUUUCUACACCAGCACCGUUCCUAUAAUUCCCUCUGUGCUAAAAAAUGAAGAUGACACUUGCUGUAUGCAAAGCAGCAACACAGAUACAAGCAGAAUCAGCUUCACACCACAUGAGGGCACCAUCACAGUAGUCAAGGAACAGCACCUUCCACCAUCCCUCAGCACCUCUCCCAGAAAACAUACCCAGAUGGCACUACUGCUAGAUGAAGCUCAAGAGCAGCUCCAAGCAUUAGUCCAUGCACACAGAAAACACAACAGUGGUGAUACUGCCACCUCAUGGGCCAGAGAGACUGUUUGCAUCCUACUGGGAAAUGGGACAAGUUCAGGGAGUCUGGCCUUAAAUGGACCUACUGAGACCCAACUAUUGAGCUCAAGAGAAACAAACAAAGACUUUGCUCAAUAUUGCAAAUGAAAGCUGGCUGUGUUAAGGACCAACGGAUACUCACUUAUGUCUUUAAACCAAGUCAGUAGGAGGACCAGUGGGGAAAUAUGUUUUUCAAUAAUAAAUAUAUAAAUACUAAAUCAUAAAUGCAUAUAUGUAUUAAUAUGGGAGGCAGUCUGAAAUGAUCAAAAUAUUUAUUGUUUAUUUGCAUUUAUAUAAUGAAAACAAAUAGUCUGUCAUGACCAUGGUGUUUUAACUGUAAAAAUAUAUAUGAAUAUAUACAAAUAUAUGAUUAUGUGAAAUGGAAAAGGUACCAGGGGAAUAUUGAACUGUUGUAAAGUUGCUGUACUUUUUGUGUCAACCAACACCAGGCUCAGUAGUAAUGAUCAAAACUAGUCAACGAAUACAAUUUUCCACCACAACCUUUUUAUGGUCUAUUACAGUCUUUUGUCACCCUCUGCCCAUCCUCCUCACCCUGCCCAGCCAAGGAAUAGUCUCAUCAGUUCACAGGAUUUAGAUUAGUGUGUGGACCUAUGGAAAAACAUACUCAAUGUAUGCAACAUCAUUCUCUUUAUGGAAUAGUUGGUGAGAUAUCAAGGUUUUUGCCACAAUCUGACUAGAACAUGUUUAAGUGGUUUAAGUGCUUAAAUCAUUCUCAAGCACACACAGACACACUCGUAUAGAUGAAGAGUGCAUAGGCAAACAAUUACUGGCAUACGGACCAGUUAGUGAACUAGUGAGGAGAGAAAUAAGUUUACUUUUUUUUUUUUUUUUUACUUUUUUCACUUUACUUUUUUUACUCCCAGAUAUCUACAUACAUGAACAUAUUUAUUUUGUCCUGCAAUGACCAACUGCUUGGGGAUUCUGUCCUUGGACAAAAUAAAUAAUGUGGAUAAUGAUAGACUGUAACACUUUCAAAGCAUCUGGGCAUGGUGGACAUUGCCAGUGAAUAAAAAUGUUUCACAUUUCUUAAGAUUGAUACAUGUAUUAAAAAAAAAAUCAGUUCAGCUCAUUACCUAUUGGUAGUUUUUUUUAACAAAAAAAUUGAAAGCCAUCAAUAUUUCCAACCUGUAGCAGAACACUGUGUUGUGAUUUAUUGUAUUCUCUAUAAAACUGUUGCCUGAAACAAAGAGAUAACAGCCGUUCUGAUUGUUUGAGCUAAUUAAAACAUUAGAAACUUUCGUAUAUGUAUCAACAUUCCUUCAUAUCCCAUUUGCAGUAUUUCAUCGUGUGUGUAUACCAUCAUGACUGUUUUCAUUAAAGGUUAUGGAGGUUAGUGUAAGAUGUGUAAUAAAUCUUAAAUGUUUACAAGAUG